AUGACACUUUUCCCCUCACACUUCCGCCUCACCUCACUUCUACCCUCACACUUUGCCUCUUUUCAUACUCUUGCUUCCAUCACUCUUCACUUCAUACUUAUUCCUAAAUACUUUUCCCUCAAACGUUUAAACCUCCAGACUCCCACUUCCUCAUACUUCUCAUUCCUCACACUUCUUUUUCUUCACUUCCUUACAUCUCCUCAUACUGCUGUUUUCCUCAUAACUUUUUUCCUCUCACAAUCCUUGUCCCCGAACCAACCACCUUUGCUUCCCUCUUCCGCUCACUUCAGCUCACUUCAACCGCACUUCGGCUCUCCUCCUCACACUUCCGCUUCCCACACUUCACACUUCGUCUCCUCUCACCCCGUCAUACUCCUGCUUCCACACUUCAGGAUCUCUUUACUUCUACUCUUUUAUUCUCUCACACUUCUGCUGAUCCACACUUCUGUUUCCUUACGUUUCUACACUUCCACACUUCAUCACAGUUUUCACUUCUCAUUUCCGCUAUUUUACACUUCUGCUCUCAAUACACUGUCUGUGUUUACACUUCUUCAUUUAUCACACUUUGUCCUUUACACUUCGCUUCCCAACACUUCUUGCAAUAAAGUCUCUAUUCACACUUUUGCUCUCAAUGGACUUUCUAUUCACACUUCUGCUUCCGUCACACUUUUCUUUCACGCUUCCACUUCACACUUCUGCUCUCAAUACACUUAUUUACACUUCUGCUCCCGUCACACUUUUAACACUUCCUUUCCCGACACUUCUGUUCUCAGUAAAGUUACUGUUCACACUUCUCCCAUCACACUUACGCUUCCCUCACUUUUACUCAGCCUUUCAUACUCCCUCACAACUUUUUAACCCCCCCACAUCUUUCCUCACACUUCUCCCUACAGACCCCCCCCCCCCGUUACCCGAAUUCCCACGUACUUCACACUUCUUUCCCCCUCACUUCUACUUCCCUUCUAAAACUCACUUCACGCUUAUCCUACCCUCAGUAUACUUUCUAUGCACACUUCUUUUCACGUCACAUCUUUUCCUUCACACUUCCGCUUCUCCACACUUCUUCUCUUAGUACACUUCUUAUUUACCCAUCUUCCAUCACACCUUCUUAUCACACUUCCGCCUAUCCACACUUCUGCCUUCAAUAUACUCUCUGUUUCUGUUCACUUCACGGAUUUUCCUAUACACUUCACCAAACUUCUGCCAUCAAUGCAGAUUGCACUUCCUCUUCACACUUAUCCUCCCCGACACUUUUCCUUUCACACUCUUUCUCCAGUCACACACUUCCCUGCACACUUCUGCUCUCAGUAAACUUUCUAUUUACUCUUAUUUCCUUCACACUUCCGCUUCUGCACACUUGUUUUCGAUACACUUUCUAUUCACACUUUUUACCUUACACGUCGUUUCUCGACACUCCAGCUUUCAAUACCCUUUGUAAUAACACUUUUACACUUCACUCCUCCGCUUCUCUACACUUCCCUCUCACACUUUUUAAACUCCCUCUUCUUGCAUCUGCUCCCCCUCCCCCCUCUCCAUCACACUUUUCUUUCAUACUUCCACUGGUCUCAUCACACUUCGUGCUUCACACUUCGUCUCCCGGCACUUCUGCUCUCAAUACACUUCCUGUUCACACUUCUGGUCCCAUCACAC